AUGAGUAUCGUCGCUUAUAUGAAAAUAAUUUUAUUAGCUAUAUUAGCUAUAAGUGCGUUCAAAAACUAUUCAAUUGAAUUCAAAAGUGUUAAUUUUCUCCUUCGGUUGUUUUUGUUGGAUUUUUUUGAUGAAAUUGGCCGUACUUUGGAUGCAAACAGUGAUCGUAGGCUAAUCUUUGGUUCUACUUGUGUCAGUCAACUAUGUAAGGAAAGUAGUGAAUUUAGCUUAAAAAAUUUACUAGGUUUACUAGGUUUUGCAUUGUUUGAAAUGGCUUACCGCUUUUUCGAAUGGAAUUCCUUCACCAUGGAAGCUGUUGAAGUGCCAAAUGGAUUUUGUUUAAUGGAUUUUGUUUUACGGCGACUAGCAUAA